AGAAGAACGACAGCGAAGAAGAAGAACACUCCCCCUGGGUUGACGGUGAUCUGUUGGACCUGACGUUAGUAUCCUGGCCAAGCAGGAAAAGAGUACGCAGAAAGAUAGUCAGUGCAAGAGCACCGACUGGCACAACAACAUAAACUUGAUUCGGUAGUUGACUGUUGCCAGCAUGUUGGCCGAAGGAGGCUCUUUUAUGAAGGGGAUGGUCUUGGGAGGCCUCUUCUGCUUAGUAUUAUCACUCAUGAGUAAUUUCAGUCCCAUCGCUGAAUCCAAGACGGAAGAAAAUCAUCUUCAUCAUCACGUUAAAGCUGCAAGUAGAGAGGAGCUCAAACAAUUCUCUAACAGUCAGGUACAGGAUUUGAAAAAUCAAGUCCGGGUAUAUUGCGUGAUCAUGGUCCAGCCAAAGAACAUUGUUUAUUGGGCGACUGCUUUGGACACUUGGAGUAAACAUUGUGAUAAAGCUGUGUUUUACACUUCAGAGACUUCUAAGGCACUGGAAGCAAUAGACUUGAAUGAAAAGGAUGGUUGGGCAAGGUUACGCAAAGCUCUGAAGCAUGCUUAUGAGAAUGCUGGUGAUCUGCGCUGGUUCUUUGUGGCACAACCCAACACAUUUGCUAUCAUUGAGAAUCUCAAGUAUCUUGUGCUCACAAAGGAUCCAGAUGAACCUUUCUACCUGGGCAAAGCUGUGAAGUCUGGGGAGCUUGAGUAUGUGGAGUACGAUAGUGGCAUUGUUCUAAGUUAUGAAGCUCUGAAAAGGCUCGUGCAAGUGUUCCAGGAUGAAGACAAAUGUCCAGAAAGGGGACGUGCUUUGUGGAAGCUGAGUGAAGACAUGCAACUGGCCGAGUGUCUCAAAUAUAAAGCUGUAUUUGCAGAGAAUGGAGAAGAUGCACACGGAAAAGGCCUGUUCAACAGCAAGAGUAUCGACAGCCUGAUUACAGACAGCAUGAAAAACAACCCCACUAAUGUGGUGGAGGGUUGUUGCUCCGACAUGGCGGUCACAUUCAAUGACAUGACCCCAAAUCAGAUGCAGGUUAUGAUGUUUGGAGUAUACAGACUUCGUCCAUAUGGGCAUGAUUUCCAUGACUGGUUAACAUUUUACCCACCAGAUGGUUCAGACAAUGACUAGUCUCAUUUCUUCAGUCUGGAUGUGCCCUCUUAAAAUGUUUGCUUCUAUGAUGGCAAACCUAAAUUUAUGGGAAAGGUUUUUCUGAUGGUGUUUGUAAAACUGGAUCCUGGGUGGGAAUUAUGCUUUUAUGUAUAUUUGUACUUUUUGCACUUGGCACGAUUCCUUUGUGGUAGUAGUAAAUUGAGUUGACGGGUGUAACAUUCAAUCAGAAUAUGUAUCAGAUUCAUAAUGUGAGACCAUUAUUUAAAUAAUUUUAAGUUUGUCAUUGCAGUAGUAUGUAUCUUAAUUGUCUUUCUUUUCGUGAUUUUUUUUUAUUACAUUCUUUUAAACUUGACUCUUAAACACACAUCUGGCACCAUAUAGCACCAUUAAUCAGUACUGAGUCAGACAUAUGUCCUAGUCCAGCUCCACAUGACUUGCUUUUCUUGUUACGUUUUCGGGUUUCUCUGUUUAUGAAGAAUUAGCCUUUGCAGUGCUUUCCUGUCAAAGGUAACCUCUUUUGUCAAGCAUUAAAAAAAACUAGAUUUCUA